UACAUGGCCGCUUCCAACAACCCACAAUCCUGUAAGCCGUACGGCGUAUCAGGGUCAAAGGAUAAUUUCGCGUUCACCAUGAGAACACGUUAUGUACUUUGAUUUUUCUCCUAGCUAAUAAUUUCACGCUACAUCGGAUUCAUGAGUGAGCGUUGAAAUUCGGUGCCCACAUAAACUUGAAGCAUUUAAAAGCUGCAACGAAGUUAAAUGCCUUGCAUUGUUUGAUAUCGAUACAGUUUGGAGUUAAACUAGGUGAACAAGUGCGCGUACAAAGUUACUGUCACCUCAAGAUCGACUUAUUUAAAAAGUGAUGAAGAUGUUUGAACAAUAACUGAUAAGUUACAACAUAAAAAUACGGUGGUUUUUUAAAAUAUUUCUUACGCAGUUUUUUAAGGGCUACGAAUUUCUCAAUUCAGUUGAUUAUUAUUAAUUAAAAAUGUCUGAAGACGAAGAUACAACGAUUUUACUAAAAAGUAAUAACAAAGUGGCACUUAAUAACGCAGUUGUUAAAUUGCCGAUUAAAGAGUACGAAUACAUCCCUCCAAAAAAAAUUCGGAAACCCAUUCCGAAACACACUGAAAACCUCACACCUUUAGUGAGUGAAAAUCAAAAUGUACUUGUCUCAAUUGUAGCUGUUGCAGCGGGUAUUGCAUUUGGCUAUGACAUGGGAAUCGGAAAACAACUUGCUCCCAUAGUAAAAAACAACUUUGCACUCGAUUGCGAAGAAGAAAAUAUAAUAGUUAAUGUAUGGUUCAUAGGUUGUCUACUGGGUGCACUAUUUGGAGGGUUUGUGAUUGAUGUUUGCGGACGUAGGUGGACUAUGAUUUGUUCUUUAGUACUUCUAUCAUUUGGUUCUAUGCUAUCAGCAUUAGCAAAUCACUAUGCUCUUUUCUUGGCUGCAAGGAUUAUAUGUGGAUAUUCUGGAACAGUGUCAGCAAUGGCUCACUGUAUUUAUAUGUCUGAAGUUUCAAACUCUACUAAGCGAGGAUGCAACAUAACUCUUCAUCAAGUAGGCUCAGCUGCUGGAUUACUUUUGUCAGUUAUUGUGGCUGCAUCUAAAACUUUGGAUAAUCAAUGGCGUUCUGUUAUUGGAGCAACAUCAGUUGUUGCUCUAACAACCUGUUUUACAAUUAUUAUAUUUCUGCAAAGAUCACCUUCUUUCAUGUUACUGAAAAGAGUUGCAAAUGUUCCUCGAGUACCUGUGAAAAAUUCAUGGUGCUACGUUUUUGAAACAAUCAUUGUCAUGAUGAUUAUGCUGGCUUUGAGACAAGGAACUGGAAGGCAACAAGUUUUGUACUAUGCUCCAAGAUUAUUUGCACUCCUAGGAAUUUGUUCAAAUAUAACCAAAGUUACAUCCAUGAUUGCCCUUGGAAUUGUUAGAGUUUUUAGUACUAUACUAUGUCUUAUUGUAGUAGAAAAAUGUGGACGUCGAACAGCUCUCAUUACUUCAGCUACCAUUUGCAUGACAUCAAUAUCAUUUCUAUCAUUAUUGGCUACAUUAGAUAAAGGCGAAGAGUUAUUGAAUUUUCCUAAUGAACCUUGCAGCUUUUUACCACCGAGUAAUUUUGGUACAGAAUAUAUGAUUAAAAUGAAGUCAAUUUCUCCAACUGGCUCACCUCCACCUUAUCCUCUAUUACCAACUCCUUUAGCUAUGGCUAUUCCAAACACUGAAACAUGGACACAAGUGAAAUCGUCUUGUGAGACUCAAAAUAUUAUAACAUCGGAUGGGCUAAAUGGAGGACUCAAAAUUUUAGCUGUCAUAACAUUACUUGUAUUCGAAUCAGCAUAUGCCUUAGGUAUUGGACCAGUUCCUUUAUUAACUCUCAGUGAAGUAUUUCCUGCUGCUUACAGAGGUAGAUGUGUUGGGUUUUCUGUUGUUUUGAUGUGGAUAGUUCACAUAACACUUUCAGAGUCAAUUGGAAGUAUGACAAGAGCAAUGACAUUGCCUGGCACAUAUUUAUUCUAUAGUUUUAUGUGCCUUAUUGCUAUCAUUUAUGUAUUUCUUCUUUAUCCUGAAACUAAAGGAAAGUCAUUGAACAGAGUGGCACAAGAAUUACGGAAAACCCCACUAGCAACGCGAAUUUGUAACAAUAUGAAAAGUUUGCCAUCUAUUUGUCAUAUAGAAUGGAUAAUAAGACUUGGAGACAAAGCUAAUCUAAGUACACCUAUAUGAAGGCCAGGUACAUUUAAAUCUCCCCAAUUAGAGGCCUUUAAUAUUAAUGAUCAAUAUGAACUUAUUCAACCUAUCCAAUUAAUCAGUUUUGGUGUAAUAGGGUUUUAUAUGUUUAUGAAAACUGCCAUUUACAUGCAGAUAACUCUUUAUGGUUAAUGGUAACUUAUUUACAUAAAAAAAGAUCAUGCAAAAAGCAUAUAACUUAAAAUGGGAAUUAGAACUUCUUUAAAUUUUUUUUCAAAGAUGGAAUAUAAUUUCAAUAGAUGUUAUCUAAAUUUGUUACCUAUAAUUGGUUUUAUCAAGUGGUUCAAAAAAGUAUCUGUAUAAUGAGUUUUUUGAAACUAUAAUUAAAUUAAAAUUUUUAUUAUAGAAAAGAGCUAAUUUUAGAGGAUAUUAAAUCUCUCAAGGAAUUUGUUUAGAACAAUACACAAAAACUAAGUCUUCGAAAAAAACAUUAAAAUGAAUUUUUUCGAAAAAAACCAUAAAUUCUAUGCAAGAUUACUAUAGAAACAUAAAAAUUCUAGGUGUCAUUUGACAAUCUAAGAAAGUAUAGUAUGAUAAUACGUUUUAUUGUAAUCGUGAUUAAUUUCUCUACUUUGCAAAAUACUUUCAAUCAAUUGAUUACACGAAUUUUA